GCGGCGGCGGCGGCACCUCAUUGGCCCCGAGGGAACAAACACAGGUGUGUGUCGAGGGCAGGUCGAUGCACACACAUGGAAACGGAGCAGAGCAAUGCACAGCGGAGACCUGGAGCAACACCACGGCAACCACCACCACCACGACCACCUGGAGACGCCCAUGACCCCAACACACCAUGAAGCUUCCAGACAGGCCACGCCUCCUGAGCGUCUUCACCCGCUAUGUUUGGAGGAAGACGGUGAGGCAGCAGCAGGGGCGGGAGGACAAGGACACCGCGAAGGACUGGGACACCAAAAGCCUGGAAAUGGAGGAUGAUGGGAAAUCGUUGGACAGUAGGGCAUGUUGUUCUCGACGCCGCAUCCUCUUCUUCCUCCUUCUGUUUGUGUGUGGUUUGUUUUUUUACGUCACAGACUUCAGCGCCGUUGCCCCCUACUGGAGCCCCCAUUGGUCACUCGAGUCCAACGGCUCCACACCAUGGCCUUCGCCCGUUGCCCACAAACCCGUUUAUCUGAACUUGACUGUGGCGCAGACCGCUGCUCUCAACACUCACAGACCCACAAAGAUGGCCGACAUCAGGUCAUCCACCACCGGCACUCCGUAUCCUUCGUCUGAGACUCAGCAGAACCCGGGCGGUCCGGCAGUUCCGUAUGUUUCUCCGGGUCCGUACCUGGUGGAGUAUCCAGCCCAGUAUCACUUCAUCAUCAACGAGCCGGUCAGGUGUCAGGACCUCCGGCCCUUCCUGGUCCUCAUGGUUCCUGUGGCGCCAAACAACAGGAAGCACCGCGACGCCAUCCGCCGGACGUGGGGCGGGCAGACCAUGGUCCUGGACAAGGCGGUGGCGCUGUUCUUCAUCCUGGGUCGUCAAACCGGAGUCCAGCUCGAAGACCAACUGCUGCAGGAGAGCCGGGACCACAGAGACCUAAUCCAGGCCGACUUCCUGGACUGUUAUAAGAACCUGACCAUCAAAACCAUGGUGAUGAUGGAGUGGCUCGACGCCCACUGCUCCGGCGCCUCCUACGCCAUGAAGAUUGACUCCGACAUGUUCCUGAACGUGGCCAAGCUGGUGUCCAUGCUGACCGACGCCCCCAGGACUGCCUACCUGAGCGGCCUGGUGGAGCGGGCGGCCGGCGUCCUCAGGCAGCGCAGCUCCAAGUGGUUCGUCCCGGUGCAGGUGUACCCCAGGGCCGCGUACCCACCUUACGCCCUGGGCCUGGGCUACGUCUUCUCCAUGGACCUGCCCAGGAAGCUGGUGGCGGCGUCCAGACAUGUCAAAGCUCUGUACAUCGAGGACGUUUACGUGGGCAUGUGCAUGGAGCACCUGGGCAUCCCUCUGACAAACCCGCCCCAGGGAGGGUACUUCCACGUGUUCCCCGUCAUGUACAGCCGCUGCGCCUACGCCAACCUGAUCGCCACCACACUGCAGGAACAUGACGACCUGGUGACAAUCUGGACAGACUUUGAAAGACCAGGGUCCAAGUGCUGAUGCAGGCCUUCAGCAUUGGACCGGGACGUUUAUUCUUCUCUGGGUUACGAUGGGAACAGGUCUGGAACAAGGCUCAUUAUUGGACAAUAUUUGCACUUGAUUAAACGUCUUCAGGUGAUGAUUUACAUAAACCUGGCUCCGCCCACUCAUUUAACCAAACAGUGUGAGCGGAGUCUCCGCCUUCAGACCACUAUGUAAACCCUGGGACAACAGGAGAUGGAUUCACUGUGGACGUUCUAUGACCACGAACACCAAUGUCCCAGUACUGGAGCUGGAUUAUUAUCAUUAUUAUUAUUAUUAUUAUUAUUAUUAUUAUUAUUAUUAUUAUUAUUAUUAAUAAAUGACCCUGAAGAAU